GCGGGCGGAGCCGGAGGGCCGGGGCGGAGCGGAGUCGUCCGCAGAGCAGCCCCUCCCGGCCGCGGCCGCCGACCCCGGCCCCCGGCCCCCGGCCCGGCUCUAUGGACAGGAGCUCGCUGCUGCAGCUUAUCCAGGAGCAGCAGCUGGACCCUGAGAACACAGGAUUCAUCCGUGCAGAUACCUUUACUGGCCUGGUGCACAGCCAUGAGCUGCCCCUGGACCCGGCUAAGCUGGACAUGCUGGUGGCCCUGGCCCAGAGCAACGAGCGGGGCCAGGUCUGCUAUCAGGAGCUGGUGGACCUGGUCAGUGCCACGGUGGGUGGGCAGCUGGGGCGGGGCCCAGGCCUGGACAGGCACGGUGCCCUGGCUGGAGUGGGGUGGGCAGGCAGCUGCUCCUCCCUGCCCUUCCUGUUGGGGAGGGCUGGAGACGUGGGGCAGGCCCUCAGACCCUGUGAGGACCUGGGGGGAUCGCUCAGGCAGGGCGGCGGUGGGGGGAGUACGGCGGCCUAUGCCCGGGCCCCACCCCCCCAGAUCAGCAGCAAGCGCUCAAGUAGCUUCAAGCGGGCCAUCGCCAAUGGACAGCGGGCACUGCCCCGGGAUGGGCUGCUGGACGAGCCGGGCCUGGGUGUCUACAAACGGUUCGUGCGUUACGUUGCCUACGAGAUCCUGCCCCGAGAGGUGGAUCGUCACUGGUACUUCUACCGGCACCGCAGCUGCCCACCCCCCGUCUUUAUGGCCUCAGUCACCCUCGCCCAGAUCAUCGUGUUCCUGUGCUACGGGGCCCGACUCAACAAGUGGGUGCUGCAGACCUACCACCCAGAGUACAUGAAGAGCCCCCUCAUAUACCAUCCCGGCCACCGCGCCCGGGCCUGGCGCUUCCUCACCUACAUGUUCAUGCACGUGGGGCUGGAGCAACUGGGGUUCAACGCGCUCCUGCAGCUGAUGAUCGGGGUGCCCCUGGAGAUGGUGCACGGCCUGCUCCGCAUCAGCCUGCUCUACCUGGCCGGUGUGCUGGCAGGCUCCCUGACUGUCUCCAUUACUGAUAUGCAGGCCCCUGUGGUGGGGGGCUCCGGCGGGGUUUACGCCCUAUGCUCUGCACACCUGGCCAAUGUCGUCAUGAACUGGGCUGGGAUGCGGUGCCCCUACAAGCUGCUGAGGAUGGUGCUGGCCCUGGUGUGCACCCAGCUUCAUGGCGCACCUGGCGGGCGCGGUGGUGGGUGUCAGCAUGGGCCUGACCAUCCUGCGCAGCUACGAGGAGCGCCUGCGAGACCAGUGUGGCUGGUGGGUGGUGCUGCUUGCUUACGGCACCUUUCUGCUCUUCGCCAUCUUCUGGAACGUCUUUGCCUACGACCUGCUGGGGGCCCACAUCCCCCCGCCACCAUGACAGGACCCCCAGGGCCAUGUUGGCCAGGGUGCAGCAUCCACGGGCCAGCCACCCGGCAGGCCUGCAUGUCCACCCUCUGUGAAUGUACAUCCCGAGGCUGCUGCUUCCCUGUGGGGGCAGGUGGCCCCUGUGGCCUGUGGAGUCCAGGCCAAGCCUUACACCAGCCCUAGCUGCCCCCUCCCAGGCCUGGGAGGGUAGGACUGCUGGGCCGCGCCAAGUGGUAGAGGUCCCCAAGUGUGACCCCAGAGGAGACCCUACCCCGGCCUCUUCCCCGAGACUUGCAGUCUGAGCCUUUUUGGAGAAUGAAUAAAUAUUUUACAGAGCGUCA